AUGGACGACAUCUUUAUCUCAUACGCACUCACCUACCUGCUUCGCGAGAGUGAGGGAAUCGUAGUUAAGCCCGGUACCGACCGGACGCUCACCAACGAAUGCUUUGUGGCUCUAUCUACGACCAUUUUCGGUAUUGAUAACAUGGAGAAGCGUGUAUUGCAGCGCGGUCUUCAACGAUAUGGUGUUGCUCUCAAAGCCCUAAACCAAGCGCUGAGUGACCCUCGAGAGUGUCGUUCGUUCGAUGUUCUGGAAGCUAUUAUAAUCAUGGCUCUCUUUGAGGUGAGUUGA